GCUUCCCUCUUCAAGAUGGCGCUCUGUGAGGAAGGCAGAAUACAGACCAGGGAGCUGCUUCCCUCUUCAAGAUGGCGCUCUGUGAGGAAGGCAGAAUACAGACCGGCGAGCUGCUUCCCUCUUCAAGAUGGCGCUCUGUGAGGAAGGCAGAAUACAGACCGGCGAGCUGCUUCCCUCUUCAAGAUGGCGCUCUGUGAGGAAGGCAGAAUACAGACCGGCGAGCUGCUUCCCUCUUCAAGAUGGCGCUCUGUGAGGAAGGCAGAAUACAGACCGGCGAGCUGCUUCCCUCUUCAAGAUGGCGCUCUGUGAGGAAGGCAGAAUACAGACCGGCGAGCUGCUUCCCUCUUCAAGAUGGCGCUCUGUGAGGAAGGCAGAAUACAGACCGGCGAGCUGCUUCCCUCUUCAAGAUGGCGCUCUGUGAGGAAGGCAGAAUACAGACCGGCGAGCUGCUUCCCUCUUCAAGAUGGCGCUCUGUGAGGAAGGCAGAAUACAGACCGGCGAGCUGCUUCCCUCUUCAAGAUGGCGCUCUGUGAGGAAGUCAGAAUACAGACCGGCGAGCUGCUUCCCUCUUCAAGAUGGCGCUCUGUGAGGAAGGCAGAAUACAGACCGGCGAGCUGCUUCCCUCUUCAAGAUGGCGCUCUGUGAGGAAGGCAGAAUACAGACCGGCGAGCUGCUUCCUUCUUCAAGAUGGCGCUCUGUGAGGAAGGCAGAAUACAGACUGGCGAGCUGCUUCCCUCUUCAAGAUGGCGCUCUGUGAAGAAGGCAGAAUACAGACCGGCGAGCUGCUUCCCUCUUCAAGAUGGCGCUCUGUGAAGAAGGCAGAAUACAGACUGGCGAGCUGCUUUCCUCUGAUGAACUUUAUACUGAGAUGAACCCACCAAGCGGAGGACCAAAGGAAAGCGAUGAGCUUGAAUACCAUUAAUGAGAGGCCAGUGAGAAGCAGAGGACCAGAGGAAAGCGAUGAGCUUGAAUACCAUUAAUGAGAGGCCAGUGAGAAGCAGAGGACCAGAGGAGAGCGAUGAGCUUGAAUACCAUUAAUGAGAGGCCAGUGAGAAGCAGAGGACCAGAGGAAAGCGAUGAGCUUGAAUACCAUUAAUGAGAGGCCAGUGAGAAGCAGAGGACCAGAGGAGAGCGAUGAGCUUGACUACCAUUAAUGAGAGGCCAGUGAGAAGCAGAGGACCAGAGGAGAGCGAUGAGCUUGACAAGCUUUCAGGAGAGGCCAUAUAGUCAAGCCAACACAUCCAAACCAACCUAAACCCACAGCUAACAUCCUAGCCUUCGGGGGUUUGACAGAAAUCAUAAUAAUAAUUAAAAAUAAAAUUAGCUUACCGGCCCAGUACACACUGCAAUACAUACGGACACCGAGUUGCCUGUAUGUCAUACACUGACCAACAGUACAUUUAGGCUUUUAUCUAAGUCAGUUCUGGGAGAGCAAAGCAAAUGUUUAGUAGCAAACGGUAUAGGAGUAUUUUCCAUUUAAUUAGAAAUACUGAAGCUUUGAUUACUUGAAUCAGCUUAGUAGUUCUAGGACAAAAAAACUAAAUGUGCAACCGGGUUUGGUAAACCCUGCCCUAGACCACAACACAUCACAAGUUCUCAACACCAAAUCAUUGUUCACAAUUUGUAUAAAAUCCUUUUUUAGUAUUCACAAUGUAUCUUUUAGAUAAUUCAAAAAAUGUAUGUCAAGGGUUUCAUGAAAUAUGCCAGUUACAAAUAGCCUAAGAGUUAGAUUUUUAAAUGUUUUACUAUAAUUUACGAAUAUAAAGUCUACCGUAUAGACUGCUUGAGGUAACAAAGUAGAGUUAUUUAGCUAUUAAUGUGAAUUAUUUGUCUGAUGUCAUGAUUUUGUUAUCAAGAGUAAUUCAAUUGUUAUACUUUAUUUUUAAACAUGGCCCACAAUGUACUUGAUCAUAUUUGGGGUACAGGCCUUCAACUGUCCUAGGGUUCUGACACGAUUUUCUUUUUUUACUAUCAAAAUAGGGCAGUAGUCACCUAAUGAUAUAAGUCUGAGUGACACUUGGCUCAUGCAAUGUAGUGUCCUGUCAACCUUUGCCACUUGUUGUCGUGGGAGCCAGCUGUAUUUAUAUUUUCCCUCAAUUUUCUGCAUUGGUGUCAGCAGUGGGAUGAUGGCUGUGUCACUGUUGCAUUGUAUUUUUUUCACACAAUAAUAUGGCUACAUAGCCUACUCUACAUUAGCAUGCAGUUUGUCAGAAUGACAAUCGUUUCUCCAGGUUCAGUGGUCUUAUCAAACUUGUCUUUGAAUGAGCAAUAUAUAUGAUUUUUAAUUUCGAAGUUGACCACCAACCAUUCUGUAGCAGGUAAUCAGUGAGAAUUGGUGACAGUGGCCACCGUGCUCGACAUCUCUCCACUAUCGGUUUAUGGAAAGUGGUGUUUGAGGCGGAUGAGAAAAUGGCGGCUUCCUGGGCGGCAUGAGAACAUGUAGCUUUUUCUCAUUUUUAUUUAGAAUUAUCCCGGGUUCAAAUAAUUAAAUUGAGUCCCGCUCUCGAGACUUCUGAUUAAAGUUACAACUUACGAAGAAACUGAAUCUACCGGCACCAUGGCAUCUGGGACCUCUGGCUCAGUUCUGCAGCCCCGGUGGAAGCGGGUGUUGGGUUGGUCCGGCCCUGUCCCUCGGCCCCGACACGGACAUCGUGCAGUUGCAAUCAAAGAAUUGAUGGUCGUUUUCGGGGGAGGAAAUGAAGGAAUUGUGGAUGAACUGCACGUGUAUAACACAGCAACCAAUCAGUGGUUCAUUCCUGCUGUCCGUGGCGACAUCCCGCCUGGCUGUGCUGCGUAUGGGUUCGUGUGCGACGGUACCAGGCUGCUGGUGUUCGGAGGGAUGGUGGAAUAUGGCAAAUACAGCAACGAUCUGUAUGAACUGCAGGCCAGUCGCUGGGAGUGGAAGCGUCUGAAACCCAAGUCUCCUAAGAACGGCCCUCCUCCCUGUCCCCGCCUGGGACACAGCUUCUCCCUGGUAGGGAACAAAUGCUUCCUGUUCGGAGGACUGGCUAAUGACAGUGAGGACCCCAAGAACAACAUCCCCAGAUACCUGAAUGAUCUGUAUACGUUGGAGCUGCGUGCCGGCUCCAGUGUAGUAGGCUGGGACAUCCCCAUCACCUACGGGGUGUUGCCCCCACCCAGAGAGAGCCACACUGCCGUGGUCUACACAGAGAAGACCUCUAGCAAGUCCCGUCUGGUCAUCUAUGGGGGUAUGAGCGGCUGUCGACUGGGGGAUUUGUGGACCCUAGAUAUAGACACCCUGACAUGGAAUAAACCGUCGAUCAACGGGACGGCUCCUCUUCCCCGCAGUCUCCACUCUGCCACAACCAUCACCAACAAGAUGUACGUUUUCGGAGGCUGGGUUCCCCUGGUGAUGGAUGACGUCAAAGUAGCGACACACGAGAAGGAGUGGAAGUGCACCAACACACUGGCCUGUCUCAACCUAGACUCGAUGGCGUGGGAGUCGGUGCUGAUGGAUUCUCUAGAAGAUAACAUCCCCAGGGCCAGGGCCGGUCACUGCUCCGUGGCCAUCAACUCACGCCUCUACGUCUGGAGCGGCCGGGACGGAUACCGCAAGGCCUGGAACAACCAGGUGUGCUGUAAGGACCUCUGGUACCUGGAGACCGAGAAGCCCCGCCCCCCGUCACGGGUGCAGCUGGUGAGAGCCAAUACCAGUAGCCUGGAGGUGAGCUGGGGGGCGGUACCUACCGCAGACACCUACUUGUUGCAGCUGCAGAAGUACGAUAUCCCCCCCGCCUCAGCCACCACCACACCCGGUGUCAGCCCCGCGACGUCACUGCCGGUCAACUCCCCCAAGAGCCCUGUCACAGCCUCUGCAGCGUCCGCACAGGGCCAGCCUCUCCAGGGCAUAACGCUGGUCCCCUCCCCCACCACCACCAUGCCUGGGAGUCCAAUGGCUGCUGCGAAUGCACGCGGGCCAGCUAUCCUGAAGGUCUCUGCUCCACACACAACCACAGGCACCUCCAUCGUCACGGUGAGACAGGCCAACCAGGGCGGGAAAUCUCCCGUAACGGUGACAUCACUUCCUGCCGGGGUCCGCAUGGUGGUGCCGGCACAGGGUGUACAGGGAACGCCAAUGGGCAGCAGCCCUCAGAUGAGUGGCAUGGCUGCGUUGGCUGCUGCGGCUGCGGCCACCCAGAAGAUCCCGCCCUCCACGGCCACCAUGCAGCUUCCAGCCGGUGCUACUAUGGUCAAGACCGUGGCCAUGAGCCCCGGUUCACAGACCGUCAAAGUAGCCUCGCCUGUUAUGGUUAGUAACCCAGCAACCCGCAUGCUGAAGACUGCUGCGGCUCAGGUGGGCACGUCAGGUGUUGCCACACCCGGAACGCCUUCUCGCCCAAUCAUCACCGUGCACAAGUCUGGCACGGUGACCGUUGCCCAGCAACACCAGGUGGUUACCACGGUAGUGGGAGGAGUCACCAAGACAAUCACCCUGGUUAAGAGUCCCCUUACUAUGGGGGGAGGUGGAACACUGCUGACUGCGGCCAACCAGGGGCAAAACAAAGUGAUGUCUGGCAAGGACGUGCAGCAUUGGCUGUCCAACCUGUCCAACCUGGGGAAGGUGAUGUCCGUCGUCCAGACCAAACCUGGUCAGACCGGAGCGAUGACGGGACAGGCUGGCUCCAGCCUACAGCACAUUAUACAGACUAAAGGUCCCCUCCCGGCGGGCACCAUCCUGAAGCUGGUGACGUCAGCGGACGGUAAGCCCACCACGAUCAUCACUACGUCCCAGGCUGGGACCGCGGGGGGAAAGCCCACCAUCUUAUCUUACAGCGGCAUGCCCACCGCCACCAAGCCUGGCACGCACAUCAUCAAGACCAUACCCAUGUCUGCCAUCGGACAAGCGGGAGUGACAGGAAGUGGUAUGAAGUCACCCAUUACCAUUAUCACCACUAAGAUGAUGACACCAGGCACCGGGACACCAGGCAAGAUCAUCAGCGCUAUGCCCAGAGCUGGGCCUGGUCAGCAAGGACUCACACAGGUGGUACUGAAGGGUGCCCCUGGACAACCCGGGACUAUUUUACGGACAGUCCCCAUGGGAGGAGUACGUCUCGUCUCCCCGGUUACCGUUUCCGGUGUCAAACCUAACGUCACCACCCUCGUUGUCAAGGGAACCACAGGUGUGACAACGUUUGGUACGGUGACUGGUACGGUGUCUUCGAGCCUGGCGGGUGGAAGCGUUGCCACGGCUACUCCCAUCACCACCUUGGGCACCAUGACCGCUCUGCCUGGACAGGUCACCGUCUCCGCAGCUCAGGCGGGAGCUCAGCCCACUCAGGUGACCCUAAUCACGACCCCCAGUGGUGUGGACGCUCAGCCUGUCCACGACCUCCCGGUCUCCAUCCUGUCUUCCCCCACCUCCGCCGAUCCCUCGUCCACCCAGCCCGAGGCAGGCGACCCAGGAACGGUAACCCUGGUCUGCUCAAACCCCCCCUGCGAGACCCACGAGACUGGCACUACCAAUACAGCGACCACAGCCUCCGCUAACAUGACCGGUAAUGGUGGGGUGGAGCGGGUGUGUUCAAACCCGCCGUGUGAAACCCACGAAACCGGUACCACCAACACCCAGACGACGGCGUCCUCCAACAUGGGCCAGGUACAGCAGGUGUGCACCAACCCGCCGUCAGAGACCCACGAUACAGGUACCACCAACACCCAGACGACGGCGUCCUCCAACAUGGGCCAGGUACAGCAGGUGUGCACCAACCCGCCGUCAGAGACCCACGAUACAGGUACCACCAACACCCAGACUACCGCCAGCUGUAACAUGGGAUCCAACCAGCAACAACAACAAGGCUCCUGUGUAAUCGACAACACCAGCGGGUCCGAUCCCCCGUCCUCUCCGCCCCCCUCUUCCGGAGCCCUCUCCCCGUCGUCUGUCUCUGGUAGCAGCUCUGUGCCCGGGGUGUUACGACCGGAGACUCUGAGAACAGGGACUACCUACACCUCGACCACCGCACGCUCUAACAUGGGCUCUGACAAGAUGGGCAUGACGCUCAGCUCCUCGUCCUCAGAUAACCAGAGCAGGUCAUCCGGUGGUGGUGGAGGAGGAGGAUCCUCCCUCACCUCUCCUGUCUGCUCCAGUCCACCUUGUGAAACACACCAGCCAAGCCCCACUGAGGCCGGAGCUGGAGGCAGCAGCGACACACAGGUCUGCUCCAAUCCACCUUGUGAAACACACGAGACUGGCACUACCACUACGUCGACGCAGGCCAACUCCAGUAUGGGCAACGGGCAGACGACAGGGACAGUGCAGAGGGUGUGUUCCAACCCGCCGUGUGAAACGCACGAGACGGGCACCACCAACACCCCGUCUCAGACUACGUCCAACCUGGCGGGGACGGGGACUGGCACGGUCCAGAGAGUGUGUUCCAAUCCACCGUGUGAAACGCACGAGACUGGCACCACCAACACGGCUACGACAGCCCAGCCUGGUGACUCGACACAGGGAGACAACGGAACUACAGAGGCUCCCUCGUCGUCCUCGGUAACCACAGAGUCCAGCGCCGUGGUGGCGUCUGGUCGAGCAGUUACCACGGUUACCCAGUCCACACCCACACCUGGACCCUCCGUACCUGAGAUCUCGUCGAUGUCUGGGUCGUCUGAGGCGAUGGUAGCGGCGUGUAUAGAGGGAGAGGAGGCCAUGCAGACCGACUGUCUCCCAGAGGGCACAGUAAGGGUCGUGACCCUGGAGGAGGCUGCUGCAGCUGGGAUACAGGUCCAUGUGGAGGGCAUGGAGGAACAGAACCAGGGGGAGCAGGAGGGCCUUCCUGCGGAGCUGAUGUCUGAAGGUGGCUCGGGGGGGCAGCAGACCCUGAUGGUGACGGGUUUAACCCCCGAGGAGCUGGCUGUUACCGCUGCUGCCGAGGAGGCGGCGCAACACGCUGCUGCCGAGGAGGCUAACGCCCAGGCCAUGGCCAUACAGGCUGUCCUGCAGGCGGCACAGCACGCUGUCAUGAAUGAAGGAGACAGUGGCCAAGAGGGCCAGCAUCAAAACAUCCCCAUUGUGUUGACUCAGGCUGAGCUGGCAGCCCUGGUACAACAACAACAACAGCUACAGGAAGCCCAGGCCCUGGCGCAGGCGGCGGCGGCGGCAGCAGCGGCAGCCCAACACAACCAGCCCACCGAGGGCCUGGCCCCAGCAGACAGUCUGAACGACCCAGCGUCAGAGAGUAACGGCCAGGAGCUGGCUGCAGCAGUGACCCAGGCUGUGGCCCGGCUAGCCCCAACCUGCACCAUGGUGGUGACAAACCCGGCUAAGACUCAACCCAUGAUGGUGGCUAUCCCGGCUAAGACUCAGCCCAUGAUGGUGGCUAUCCCGGCUAAGACUCAGCCCAUGAUGGUGGCUAUCCCGGCUAAGACUCAGCCCAUGAUGGUGGCCAGCCCGGCUAAGACUCAGCCCAUGAUGGUGGCCAGCCCGGCUAAGACUCAGCCCAUGAUGGUGGCCAGCACGGCUAAGACUCAGACCAUGAUGGUGGCCAGUCCGGCUAAGAUGCAGGCAGCUGCGACCCUGGCAGAGGUGGCUAACGGCAUAGAGUCAGCUGCAGGGAGGCAAGGAGCUCCUCCUGCGGUGGCCAAAGCCCCGGUGAAGAAAGACAACCAGUGGUUUGACGUUGGCAUCGUCAAGGUGACCAACACCGUGGUCACACACUACUACUUGCCCACUGACGACCAAGCCACUGUCGAUGAUGACUCCGGGGCGAUCCCAGACUACAGUCAAAUGAAGAAGAUGGAUCUCCAACCAGGGACGGCCUAUAAAUUCAGAGUGGCCGGGAUCAACACCUGUGGCCGGGGGAACUUCUCCGAGGUCUCAGCCUUCAAGACGUGUCUACCAGGCUUCCCCGGAGCUCCCUGUGCUAUCAAGAUCAGCAAGAGCCCAGACGGCGCCCACCUGACCUGGGAGCCUCCGUCGGUCACAUCUGGUAAGAUCAUUGAGUACUCGGUGUACCUGGCCAUCCAGAGCGCCCAGAGCGGGGAGCAGGCCAAGCCCACCACCACCACCACCCCAGCCCAGCUGGCUUUUAUGCGGGUGUUCUGUGGGCCUAACCCCUCCUGCCUGGUGCAGUCGUCCAGCCUCUCCAACGCACACAUAGACUACACCACCAAGCCUGCCAUCAUCUUCCGUAUCGCAGCCCGCAACGAGAAGGGCUACGGCCCUGCCACGCAGGUCAGGUGGCUCCAAGAGGUAGGUAAAGAUGGCGUUGCAGCUAAACCUACUGCUAAGAGACCAGGCUCCUCGCCUGACAUGAAAGCUGCUGGUCCAAAGAAGGCCAGAUCAGACCAGUAAAGGGGGUUUCCUUUGUUGUCCCAUGAUGAUUAUGACUGAGCUGAAUACAAUACCUUCCUACUGAAUACAACACCACAGCCUCAACCAGCCCCCCCCCCACCAACACCCCUCACCAACUAUCUACAGUAUCCUUGCCUCAACCUCAGUUCCCAAACCUGGACCCAGACCGGUCGUCCCGUCCCCCCCCGCCCCCCAAAACUACCUAUUAUUUACAAAAUGGCCGCAAGAAAACCCCAGAUGAAAAUAAUCCCAGAGCCCUGCCCUCAUCACUGGAGGUUAUGGUGCCACGGACACCUUGUCUCAACCUCGUGUUCUUCAUUGGUUUAUUACGGAUCUUCUGUUAAAACGGUUGAAAGCACAUAAUUACAUUUUUCUUGCUUUUUUUUUUCUUUUUCUUUUUGUGAUUUUCGGUGAAAUCAAAAAAACAAACAAAAAAAAAACUGUUGAGUCCGCUUUAACUGUAGUUGCUCUAGCUAGUUCUUUUAGUCUCUGCCCCCCCCCCCCCCCCCCCCCCCCAUCUCAUGGUUUAUCAACACAAGCAAUACACGGCACAAAUAGCUGUGUAUGUCCUAUGCGUGUCGGUUCGAUUGGUCACAUUUUAGAAGGAUCGGAUGGUUGCUAUAGUAGACGGUUGGAACAGAAGAACACGGCGUCGCCACGUUGUCAUGGGGAGAAAAACACGCCGAUGGAAAACAGACAGCACUUGGGGGAGGACAGGGUGUUUCUCCAUUGACGGGGGAAUCGUCACCGACCGAUUUAAGACUCCGUAUUUGUCCUGGCUAUCGUCUUGCUUUGUGACAUGACAUCACUGUGUUCACUCGUACCCACGUCACAGGGUGUAAAGGAUCAAGAGAUUCACUCAAGUAAAGAAAAAAGGAAGUGUUUUUUUUUUUUUUUUGGUGUAGGUUUUAGGAGGCUACUUUAUUCUCUCGUCUGUUUCCUUUCGUUGGAGGAUGUGUGGACACUGACUGACUGCCAGCCAGGGUGAAAAGUACAUUUUUUUUUUUUUUUACAGCCCUAUUCGACAGGUAAUUUGACACUUAUUUCAGAAUUGGUGGUCUAAUGAACCGUUAAAUAAGGACUUUUUGUACUUGCUCUGCUGCGGAAGAUGAAAGAACAGAACGCAAGAUUUGACUGAAAGAGGCGAUUGGAUGUUUGUUUUUGUUUACUUUCAUUUUUUAUUUUUAUUAAAGGAAUUGAUUUGCAGAAGAAAAGCUUCUUUUCACCGGUCCUCCUCCUCCUCCUCUCUACCUGUUGAUAGUCCAUAGAAUGCAUUUGUUGACAUCUAUGGAAUUUAGAAGGUUAUUUUUCCAAGCCUUGUUUUUAGAGUUCUGAGAAAUAACUGGGAUAAUUUCUGCCCCCCCCCCCCCCC